AUGACCAGCCACAGAACUUCUUUGGAGGCAUUGGAGGCUCAUUUCCAAGCCCAGGCUUCACUGGAUCUUUCCCUAGCCCAAGAUUUGGGUUUGGCCCAACCAGAUUUUGCUCAUUCCCUGGGGUCCGAUGUGCCCCGAUCCAGCCCACUAUACCCAGUGGGUCCUAUAGUGGUGCUCCUG